CGCUAUCAUUGACUCCUGUACUCCACGCCACUCCACUGUACUCGCACCCCCAACCAAGUGCGCACAGCCGCGCUCCACGCAGGCCGUUCAUCAUCAAUCAUGGCCGCCGGAGUACAGACCUAACUCCCGUCUUUCCUCCGGAGGGGAGGAUUACUGUCAUUUGGUCUUGUUUCGGGGGGCGGCGGCGGGGGAAAAGACCACUAAAUCGGCCUGGUGACACAUUUGAGAGGAGACAAGAAGAUCCAUGUGCUAACAUGCAGCCGCCGCCGAGGAAGGUCAAAGUGACACAGGAGCUGAAGAACACGCACACAGACCAGCUGACAAGACUGCACUUUAAAAAUCUGACUGAAUGUGACCUGCUGGAAGACAUGAGGAGUUACAGUCUGAAGAAGGGACAACUGGAGAGGGACUAUGCCCAGGCUCUGCAGAAGCUGGCCAGCCAAUAUUUAAAGAGAGACUGGCCCGGGAUCAAUCAAGACGACCAGAGAACAGACUACAGGAACGUUUACGCGGUGUGGCGGUCCUACUUGGAGGGUACGGUGCAGGUGAGCCAGUCUCGACUCAACGUGUGCGACAACUACAAGAGUCAAGUUUCGGACCCUGCCAAGACCGUCCGACUCUACAAGGAGCAGCAGCUGAAAAAGAUCGUAGAGCAGUUGAGUGGCAUCCAGGCGGAGCUGCAGGAGUCGGUGAAGGAAUUAGCCAAAGCCAAGAAAAAAUACUACGACACUGAGCAGGUUGCCCAUGCGGUGCGAGAGAAGGCCGACAUAGAAGCCAAGUCUAAGCUGGGUCUUUUUCAGUCAAGAAUUAGCUUGCAGAAAGCCAGUGUGAAGUUGAAAGCCAAGAGAAACGACUGCAACUCCAAAGCCACGCAGGCCAGGAACGACUACCUGUUGACGCUCGCCGCUGCCAACGCUCACCACGACCGCUACUACCACACCGACCUGCUCCACUGCAUACAGGCCCUGGACGGCAGGAUCUACGAGCAUGUAAAAGACUACCUUAUAGCGCUGUGUCGCACGGAGCUGGAGGCCUCCCAGGCGACACACAACACCUUUCAGUUCCUGUUGGACAAAUCCACCAGGAUCAUCCAGGAGUACAACCAGCAGUUGUUCAUGCAGGAGAACCCAGUGUUCCACAAAGCACACGACUUCCAGUUCCAGCCCAGCGAUUGUGACAAGACUCUGAGCUCGGUGCAGCAGUUGGUGGACAUUGAGCCUUCGCCCGUCAGUGCCAUGAGAAUGACGCUGGCACAGAGUCGUCAGCUGGAGUCGGAGAUGGGGACCACGGAGGAGCACAGUCUGAACAAGGAGGCGAGGAAGUGGGCAACACGGGUGGCCAGAGAACACAAGAACAUCGUACACUACAAGCGAUCACUGGAGGACUGCGAGAGCCACGGCCUGCCACCCACUGAGCAAGGCAGGGCAGAUCUGGAGACCAAGAUGGAGGAAUCCAAGGAAAACAUCCGCAAAGCUGAGACCGUGAAGUUGAAAGCGGAAGCUCGGCUGGACCUCCUGCGGCAGGUGGGCGUUGCCGUGGACACCUGGCUGAAGAGUGCCAUGAACCAGGUGAUGGAGGAGCUGGAGAACGAGCGCUGGGCCAGCUACACUUCCCAUGAUCCUUCACUGUCGGGUACGGUGGACUUGGAGCGGGAGGACGGCGAGGAGUGUGAGGAGAACAUGGAGGUGUUUGAUGACAGCAGCUCCAGCCCCUCGGGAACACUUCGUAACUACCCGCUAACCUGCAAAGUUAUCUACUCCUACAAGGCCUCUCAACCAGAUGAGCUAACUAUUGAUGAGCAGGAGAUGCUGGAGGUGAUUGAGGAUGGGGACAUGGAGGACUGGGUUAAGGCUCGCAAUAAGGUCGGACACGUGGGUUAUGUUCCCGAGAAAUAUCUGCAGUUUCCCGCCUCCAACAGUUUGCUGAGCAUGCUUCAGUCCCUGGCAACGCUGGACGCUCGCUCGCACACUUCCUCCAACUCCACUGAGCCAGAGCUGCACUCCGGCUGCAUCAACGGAGAUGUUAACAUGGUGUACGUGCGGGCGCUGUACGAUUACGAGGGCCAGGCGGAGGAGGAGCUGACAUUCGCGGAGGGAGCGGUGAUUCGCCUUCUGAGCCGAGACACGCAGACAGACGACGGCUUCUGGGAGGGGGAGCUCAACGGACGGGUGGGCGUUUUCCCCUCGGUUUUGGUGGAGGAUCUGACGGAGAACGGAGAGACGAGUGUGGGAGGGCCCAACGGAAUACAGGUGUCGCCCUCCACAAAGCUGCCAUCCUGCCUUCCGCCUCUCCCGCUGUACGACCAGCCUCCCAUCAGCCCGUUCACCAGCCCCGAGACCACCACGCCUCCGUCACUGCCGCGGUCGCCCUCCGCCGCGCUCAACGGCGAGCACAAGCUCCCCAUCCCCGCCGCCUCACACCGGACACCGCUAACCACGCCGAAUCUAAGUUCCGGAAGGAGUCCGGCGUCGCCCGGCUUUCAGCUGCAGCCGCCCAGAUGUGCCCCUGAGGGAGGCCCGGGGAAACUACGACCUGUACGUGCGGCUCCUCCUCCACCCAAGCAGCAGCAGUCUCGACGGCAGCACGGCAAGAGCGACAAGGCGGAGGAGGUGGAGAUCACGCUGGUGUAGCGGACGCCAGACGACAGGCGGUCGGACCCACACCCGAAACAUCGCCCAGAACUGAACUGAGCCCUCACUCUCGCUCUCCGUUAUCCUCAAGUUGAGGCGGAGGAAGAGAGGAGGGCUGUCAAUGAAGGAUUCUGGGUAUUUGCUUCCUGAUGAAGUGCAGCAGUAGCUUCUUCCCCCCCGAUGUUUCCGUCUUCUCUCGCCUCACCUUCUUCCAUUCUUGCCUUAAAGACCUGAUUGGGCGACGGCCCCCGAGCACACUGGAGGAACAGGACCAAUGGAGACGUGAGCCGUGGACAGAAGGCCAUGUAGCAGUCCAGGUCUUGGGGACACUACCUGUACACGCCCACGUUCCGGACCAAUCAUUGCACGGGCGGGAGUAGGCCACGCACCUUUUGACAAACACAGUGGAACCUUGAAGGUGGAGCACUUUUCACUUUUCACAAUUUAGUUUCCGUACCAUCUAAUAUUCCGUAGUCCAACUCACGUUCUGUGGUUUUUCCACAAAAUACUUGUCUAAAAUUUUAGUUUUGAACACAUUUUGGAUGAAUUAAUACCUGUUAAUUGAUUAAUUUCAGUCCAUUCAUUUUUUUAUUUUUUUUUAAUCACAUUUUGAGCUAAUUAAAAAAAAAAAAUCCAAUUUAAACACCUUUUGAAUGAAUUAAUUUGGGUUAUUUGAUGAAUUAUUAGAGUUAAUCACAACUUUUAAAUUUGAAUUAAUUAUGGACUAAUUCAUUUGGGUUUAUCGAUUGAUUAAUUUGGGUUGGCUAUUCAGAAAUGUCCAAUUUUAAACACAUUUUGGAUUAAAUUAUUUGGGUUUAUACAUGAAUUAGAGUUAAUCCAGAUGUUCCAAUUUUAACACAUUUUGAAAUAAUUUAUAAAAAUGUUUUUAAA